AUGUUUACAAUUAAUGCAACACUUGGCAUUGGUUGGGCGAGUUUAUCUUUUGGAUUUUUUGUCUUUAUUCGUUAUUUAAUACAACCAUUAACUUAUCUUCGACCAUCAAUAAAUAAGCAAACUCAUUCCGCAAUCUCAUCCCCAUAUAUUCGAACAUGUUUUACAUAUUCAGACGAAGAACGCUGGCAACGAUUAAAUUUAUUAAUUAGUUGGAUACAUGCGUUCAUAACCAGUGUACUCGUUCUGUAUAGCUUUUUGGUAUAUCCUGAAUUGUACAAUGAUUUUGUUACACAUGUAAAUUUGAUUACAUAUUUAACAUGUUCUUUAUCAUUUGGUUAUUUUUGUUAUGAUUUGUGCGAUAUUGUAUCCAAUAGGCGAGGAUCAGAUAUGUUUGAAAUUAUAUUGCAUCAUAUCGUUACAUUAAUAUUUUUCAGUUUAAACAUAAUGCGUGUAGUAAACGUUGGCUAUCAAAUGUUUGCAUUAUUAGCUGAAGUAAAUUCAAUAUUUUUACAUGCUAGAAAACUUUUUCAACUGUUUAAUAUUCCACGCGAGAACUUUUUCGUUCGAUUAAAUAUGAUUAUAAAUAUUUUAACAUUCUUUUUAUGUCGGUUGUGAAUGCAUCAAACCUCAACAAUGGGUCGUGGAUUCAAUCGCCAAUCCUUUCAUCGGCAACCAUUAUCGAACUUGAGACAAACUCAUGAAGCUACAUCGAAUCCACAAGAUCAAGGUCAAAAAUUGGACUCUGGUAUUUCAACGAGCCCAUCCAACGCAAAGUCAAAACAGUUAUUAUUUCGGUCAUCAAGCCAAGAACCAAAAUCUUCAAUUGAUACUAUUCAGUCAAAAGCCUCAGUAAAAGAAACCAAUUCGCAUUCAAAUAGUGCUUUAUAUAAUUAUGUUCAACGAGAAAGAAAAGCUCAUACAAUGGCUCCUCUAACUCGAAUAUCAGGACCAAGUUCUUCUGUAAAAGCAAGUAUGUUUGCAAAUAUUACUGCUCCAAGUGAUUCUCAAGCAAUGAAAUCAUCUAUUUUAACACAAGCAACAGCUAGCACAGUAGCUGAUUCUCAUGUUCAGUCAGUUGUGGAAACAAAUGGUAACGUUACUGACGAUAACUAUGAAAAUGAAGAAGAAGAAGAAGAUGAUGAUGAUGAUGAAGAUCCCAUUAUUGUGACAGUUCGCUAUGACCCAGAAGCUGGUGCACUACCACCUGAAGACGCUAUUCGACAAGCUGUUAACAAUAAAUUAAAAGGGCAAUCUGAUAAAAAAAAGAUUAAUGACCCGAUAAUAUUUGACUUUAUCAACCACGGUGCUAGACCUCAAAUUUCACAGCAACCAAUUAGACCCGAACAUGCAUAUUUUAGUCAUCCCAAUCUAAGCACUGAGCCACCCAUCAAUCAUCCACAGCUUCGUCUUCCUGUUUCUUCACAACGAAAAUCACAAGAACAAAACUUACAAUUAUUUCAACAACAGAGACAGCAACAAUCCUUACAACGACAACAGCAUGAACGGCAACUACAGCUAGAACAGCAGCAAAAAAAUCAGCUACAAUUACAGCGACAGCACGAAUGGCAACUAAAACAACAUCAACAAGAACGGGAACUGCAAUUGCAACGACAGCAGCAGCAACAGCAACAACAACAACUUCAAUUAGAGCAACAUCAACGGCAAGAUGAAAGAAAAUUUCAAUUAGAACAACAAGAAUGGGAACUGAAACUACAACGACAGGAACAACAGCAGAAACUACGAAUAGAGCAACAGCAACGGGAACAACAGCAGAGACUACAGAUAGAGCAACAGCAACGGGAACAAGCACGCAAAUAUCAACUAGAACAACAGCAACGGGAAAAAGAACGCAAAUUUCAACUAGAACAACAGCAACGGGAACAAGAGCGCAAAUCUCAACUAGAACAACACCAAAAAUGGGAACUUCAACUGCAACGGCAACAACAGCAGCAGCAGCAAUUCCAAAGACAAAGACAGGAGCAAUUGCAACGACUACGACAAGAACUUUUAGAACAGCAACAAAAGGAAAAGCAACAAUUACAACAAUUCUUACAGCAACAGAAACAGCGAAAGCAACAGCAACAACAAGUACAGGUAGACGAGCAACAAAUAUACCAGCAGAAGUAUCGACAACUAUCACAACAGCAAAAUCGGCAAGAAUUCUAUCAACAAGAAUUCUAUCAACAAAAACAGCUGCAUCCUUCUCUUCCACCUGUGGGACCACGACCAUCGCGGCCUAAUCCUUCUGUCCGACCUGCUUUCGUUAAUCGAUCGUCUUCGUUGUUUUUGCAAAACAAUAACAUUCAUCCUAUACAACCAAUUCCAAUUAUGCCGACUUCAUUCAGAAAUUCUGAACAAAAUUCAAAUAUUGUUGUAAGACCGUCACCUUAUCGAAUUAUAAGCGUAUCACAACCAAACAGUCCUGUACCAACAGGUGCUAAUAUAUUCAAAAAUUAUGGCCGUAAAUACACACCAAGCCUAUUCAUACCAAUUAGUUCCGAUAUAACUACUCAGCAACAACCAAUACCUAUUAGUAAUGCUAAUACUCAAAAUGUUCGACCGCAUCUACUAGAAAGACCGCAUACUGCGCCUGGUUCUACCGAUAUGUUUAGACCGCUAUCAGCAUUAGACACACCCGAAUUGAGCCAGGAUAGUCUUCGUAUUAUGCUAAAUCAAAUCCCUAGCUUACGUGGUUCUCGGUUUCAUAUCGAGUAUACAGAGUCAAAUUCACCUGAUGGUUAUCCGAUUCCAUUACAAAAUAAUGAUCCUAAUAGACAAUAUCCUGUACCAGAUAUUGUCGAUCAACUGCCAAGCAAUAUUAUACAACAUGUGAGAAGUAGCGAUAAUCUUGCACUAAAAGCAGCAUUAGGUUCAGCUUUACAAUCAGAAACAGAUGCCAAACGUACCUAUCAAUCGCAACCAGCCAUUUCAACGUUUAAUGGGAAAUCAUCAACAAUAUUACGUCACACGGCUCGAUCUAAACAUAGAGUGCAAAAUUUUCGGUCGCAUACAUCUAGCAGCUCAGAUAGCAAUAGCAAAGCAAAUUUAUCUGAAGCAGAAACUGAUAUGGAAGAAAAAGAUACGGUUCUAUAA